CUGGAUGCUGUGUGUGCGGAGGACCAGAGGACUCAUACACUACUGGAGCAUCAGUCCUGCCUGCAAGAUCACCAGAUCCUCCAACAACAGGGACCAAGGCUGGGACCACAGCUGAGGAGCCACCACUCACCCAUCAUCUCAUCCUCCACUCCAACUCAGCUCUGCUGCUCCUCUUCCUCUUAUUUUGGAUGGGAAUGGUCAGGAUUCCAAUGCUUGCACCGCACCAAUCUCCCCAGCCAGGAUCUCCUUCCUGAACCAGCACUAGAUCCCAGCACUGGAUCCCAUCUGAUCUCUCCAAACUUCCCUGCACUUUGAUUGUGAUCUGAUGUGGAGCUAACUUUAACCCUUCAGCUUCCCCAACACAACAAAAGGCUGUACUUGUUGUUUUUGUUUUUUGUUUUUGUUUAUUUUUUUUGUUUUUUUUAUCUAUCCCCGGAGAUGGAAGCUUGGAUGAGUGACUGGACCCUGUGCACACUCCUUGGUGUAUAGAAUAAUUUACCUUGAGGACUGAUACGUUGUAUUUAUUAUUAGUAUAACUUUUUUUUUUUUUGUAUUUUUAUUUUUGCUGUCAACACCUGCACCAAUGCAAUUCCGGCUCUUCUCAUUUGUUCUUAUCAUCCUGAACUGUGUGGAUUACAGCCAUUGCCAACAAGCCAACCGAUGGAGACGGAGCAAAAGAGCCAGUUAUGGAGCUAAUCCAAUAUGCAAAGGUUGUCUGGCAUGCUCGAAAGACAACGGGUGUAUUCGCUGCCAGCCGAAAUUGUUUUUCUUUCUGCGGAGAGAAGGGAUGAGGCAGUAUGGAGAGUGUUUACAUUCCUGUCCUCCUGGAUACUAUGGACUAAGAGCACCCGACAUGAACAGAUGUUCAAGGUGCAGAAUCGAGAAUUGUGAUUCUUGUUUUAGCCGAGAUUUUUGCACUAAGUGCAAACCAGGAUUUUACUCUCACAAAGGACGUUGCUUUGAGGAAUGUCCAGAGGGAUUUGCUCCUUUGGAUGGCACCAUGGAGUGUGUAGAUGGGUGUGAGGUGGGACCAUGGACCGAAUGGGGAACAUGCAGUAGGAAUAACAGAACGUGUGGGUUUAAAUGGGGCCUGGAGACAAGGACUCGACAGAUUGUAAAGAAGCCAGCAAAAGACACAAUCCCAUGUCCAACCAUUGCUGAGUCCAGAAGGUGCAAAAUGGCCGUCCGACAUUGUCCUGGAGGCAAAAGAACAACGAAGAAGGACAAAAGGAACAAAAAGAAGAAAAAGAAGCUGCUUGAAAGGGCCCAGGAGCAACACAGUGUUUUUCUUGCCACAGACAGGACCAGUCAGUAAAGAGACACAUUUUUUUUUUAAUUUUAUUUUCUCAUUUGCUAAGUGCACAAAGGCUGCUACAUGCUCUUGCACACAGAUGAACUGCAGAAUGGCUGCUUUACCGGUAUUGGUUACUAAUAUUUUGUGAACAUAUCACUAGCCUAUUUGUGUUAUUUAUACAUUUUCUUUUUUAAAUUUUUAUUUCAUUUUUUUUUUCUUGUCUGAAAAACAAAAAAACAAAAAAAAAAAACGCCAACAGUUGGAAAUACUGAGUUGAAUCAGUGACCUGGUGUAGAUGUGUCAAUGACUUUCUCGCUUUGGUUUUUUUAUUUUAGUUUUUUGACUUUUUAAUUUUUUUUUAUUUUUAAUUCAGUGCCUACGAUGGAAACCGCCAGUAUUUUUGAAAUAGGGACUGUUAACAAGGACGCCAUGCAGCAAAAAAUAAAAAUAAAAUAAAUAUAAUUAAAAAAAAAGGAAAAAGAAAAAAAUAAUGGACUUGUGUAUAUUUCUGUAAAGGAACAAUACAAAAAAACUAAACUGUUUGAUAGUAGAAAUUUAAAAUUUUUAUUUUUUAUUUUCUUUAAGUUUAUGGUUUCCAUAUUGUACAUUUUUAAGACAGUUGUAUUUGAAAUCUCUUUUUUUUUGUUUUUGUUUUUUGUUUAGCUGAUGUUGGUUCUCUGCGCCUAUUAUAACCAAACAGUUGUGUAUUAAAACUGUUGAUGCUAAUAUACAGUACUACAGCGGUAACUGCCUAAAUGUCCCGAAUGGCGCAGCAGUUAGACUUUGUACAUAGUGCUGAGAUGCUACAUAUAAUAAACUU